AUGGUGCAUAACACCUCCACUGCGCCUGAUCCAGGGAAUAAGGAAGAUGACAACGAGGACUUCCUCGCAGUGGAAGAGGGGGAAAUGAUGGAAGAGGAGGGUGAAGAAGAAAUGAGUGAAGAAGAGGUGGGUGGCUUAAGCUGCGUCGGCGCCCUUGUCAGCAGUUGUGGGAAUGAAACUGUGCUUUUACGCAAUGACGUGUCAGAGUUUACCCCUGCAGAACUAGAGGAGCUGGGACGCAUGGAAUUUGCUGAUGACGAUUAUUACGGGAACAUCCAAAUGAAUCGGGAGGUUGACGCAAAAGGGGGUGAUGGCUCUAGUGACGACGAUGACAGUCCACAAGUUGGCAGUCAUAUCCACGGUACCCGUAGUCUCGUCAGCAGCAGUGGAAGGGUGUCCGCGAUGCACAGUGCUCUUCGCCCCAAAACAGAGGCUGGGGGCUGUGCUUACAAGCAAUGUACGUUGACGCAGCUUCUCCCUGCCCGGGGGCGUGUGGGUGGAACUGAUGCCAUAGUAGAUGCAGUGUUGCAGCAGCAGCAGUUGCAAGUGGCCGAUCGCGGUCUACGUGACACGUUACCCAUUGAAUGUUUCCUCAAUCUCACGCAUCUGUACAUGCAGCACAACGAGGUUGAGUCACUCGAAGGUCUUGUGCUACUUGUUCAGUUGCGUGUUCUCGUCGCUCACCACAACGCUGUCACGUCAUUACGUCCCAUCGCUGUGCUUCCUGCUUUGAGCUUCAUUGAUGCCCGAAGCAACAAAAUCGAGGAUGUAAACCCCAUGGAAGAUUUACCUUGUGACUCACUGAAGUACUUGGCCUUACUCGACAACCCAUGCUGUAAUGGGGAUCGCUCGGUAGAUCGCGAGCAGAUUAUGAAGGCUUGCCCGAAGUUGGCAAUGCUUGAUGACGUGCCACGGGACCCGUCGGCCGAAAAGGUGACUGGCAGCGAAGAGGAAGAGAAUAGCGAUGAAGAAGAUGGGUGCAAAAGAUGGCACGCAGUCAGUGAGACUCCAACCGGCUGCAGCAAGGGCGUUUCCUCGCGCAUCCACUUAUAUCGGUCUCUGAAGAUGUGUGAACCGCUGCCCGUGUCAGUGCCGUCCCUGGAACCCAUACCAGUCACCUCACAAGACAUCGACACAAACAGAGUGACAACUACCACAGACCGACUCUGUGAGCAACUUAGGCAUCGCUCUAGCGCCAUACGCCGCAUGGCGGGACACCAUGCAUUAGGUCAGACAGAGGUCAGCGACCCUGUGUGGGAUUUUGGGAAUCAUGUUGAAAAUGACGGUGAUUCCGAACACCGCAGUAACGGGAGGAGGAGACUAGAUUCACCAGAAUCCACCCUGUCAUUAACGUUGCCGCCAGAGUUGGAACAGGAGCGGGCGACAAAGGCUCGUCUUUAUGAUGAUAUUCGCUUUGCUCUGCAGGCGGAUGACAGGCGGCUCCGGCAGCUCGCGGGGGUUGUUUGGGACGACGUGGACAAAGUGUUGUCAACAAGGCAGGCACUGGUGGGCCACCGACGCCAUCGAAUGCACACGGCGCAUCAGCAGCCAUCCGAUGCGUAUGCAAAGAGCCUUGAGAUACUCAAGCACGAAAAUCGUGUAGCCAACUUGGACAAGUAUAGGAAGCAAGAGAAUGCCAAUGCACCGCAGUAG